AUGGAAAGCAACACCGUCGUUUUGGCCGUGGCCUUGGCUUGCGCCGUUGCCAUUGGCUUCUCUCACUGGGCUACCGCCAAAGAUCCACGGGAGCCUCCUGUUGUCCACGCCAGGAUCCCCAUCAUCGGCCACAUCGUUGGCUUCAUCCGCCAUGGCCAGCCCUACCUGAACCAUUUGAGCGCGGCGCACCCACACCAUCCAAUCUUCACCGUGGACUUGCUCGUAGCCAAAUUCUACGUAGUCGCGUCUCCGGCUUUGAUGAGUGGCGUCCAAAGAAAUCACCGCGCGCUGUCUUUUGAGUACUUCAUCAACCUCUCUGCAAGCGGCAUGCUCGGCAUCAAAGGAGCGGGCAUGAAGCUUCUGCGCGAAGAACAGAAGGGCGGCGGCGGACUGGGGAUGAAGGUCACGCAUGCCAUGAACCCCGCCCUUCUCGGCGCCGGCCUGGACGCCAUGAAUGAGAGGAUGAUCGCCUUCCUCAAGGACUCGGUCGACCAGCUCGCUUCGUCCCAGGGCUCGCCCAUCGACCUCUUCGCGUGGACGAGACAUGCCAUCACCGUUGCUGCCACCGAAUCAGCAUGGGGGCCGCAGAAUCCUUACAGAUCACCCGAGCUCGAAGAUGCAUUUUGGACCAUGGAAACCAACCUCGACAAACUCCUCUUCGGCAUCAUGCCAAAAUACACGGCCAGAAAAAUCUGGAACGCCCGCGAAUCAAUCGUCAAGGCAUUCACCUCGUACUACCGCAACGACGGCCUCGCCUCGGCAUCCGAAAUGGCAAAAGCCCGCUGGCACGCCCAGCAAGAAGCCGGCGCGUCUCUGCCCGACACGGCCCGCCUCGAAGCCGGCCUCGGCCUCGGCCUGCUCUCCAACACCGUCCCCGCCGCCUUCUGGACGCUCUUCGAGCUCUGCUCGCGCCCCGCCCUCCUCGCCGACGUCCGCGCCGAGCUCCUCAAGCACGCCGUCCACAUCAACAACAACAACACCAACAACGGCGUCCACGCAACCAUCGACCUCGCCCAAAUCCGCGACAAGUGCGAGCUCCUCGUCUCCGCCUUCCAAGAGACGCUCCGCACGCGCUCCAAAGCGAUGCCGCUCCGCAUGGCCUACGACGACGUCGUCCUCGGCGCCGGCGACCAGCAGCACCUCCUCAAAAAGGGCGCCAUCGUCAACAUGCCCAGCCCCGUCUUCCACCGCAACGAGGCCAUCUGGGGCGCGCGGUCCGACGUCUUCGACCCCGCGCGCUUCGUCAGGGCCGGGCGCGACGACAAGGACCAACGACAAGCUGCUCGCCGCAUGACCGGCUUCCUCGCCUUCGGCUUCGCGCCCAGCCUGUGUCCCGGGAGGCAUUUCGCCACCGGCGAGGUCCUGGCUCUCGUGGCGAUGCUGGUGCUGAGGUUCGACGUCGUGCCCGAGGGGGGCGGCGGCGGGUGGAAUGUGCCGAGGGUAGAGGCGAAGUCGGCGGCGGCGUCGUUUUACACGCCGGCAGAGGAGGUGAGGGUGGUGUGUAAGUUGAGGAGGGAGUAUGAGGGGGUGGAGUGGGGGUUUGGCGUGACGCCUGGGAAGGGGCGGUUCGGGCUUAUCGUCGGGUAG